AAAUAUGUUUGGCCAAUCAACACUAGGAGGCACAACAUCAGCCUUUGGUUCUACAGCCACAACAACAUCAACAAAUCGUAUGAACGAUUUCGAAGUGGUUUCACCUCCAGAAGAUUCUGUCUCAGCGUUAGAAUUUAGCCCGGCAACAUUGCAGCAAAAUUUCCUUAUUGCUGGUAGUUGGGAUUGCAGUGUACGAUGUUGGGAAGUCGAGCAGACGGGUAAAACUGUGCCCAAGUCCAUGAAAACAAUGGGUGGCCCAGUGUUGGAUGUUAGCUGGGCAGAUGAUGGUACCAAAGUGUUCAUUGCCAGCGAAAAGCAGGUUAAAGUAUGGGAUUUAGCCUCAGAUCAGCAAAUGCAAGUUGCCGCACACGAUGGACCCGUUAAGGUCUGUCAUUGGGUUAAAGGUACCAAUUACACAUGCCUCAUGACUGGUUCUUGGGAUAAGACGUUGAAAUUCUGGGAUACAAGAACACCAAAUCCCAUUAUGGCCAUUAAUUUACCGGAACGUUGUUAUUGCGCCGAUGUUGAUUUUCCCAUGGCAGUGGUUGGUACUGCGGGCCGGGGUUUAAUUGUUUACUCAUUGGAAAAUAGUCCGACGGAAUUUAAACGGCAGGAGAGUCCCUUAAAAUAUCAACACAGAACCAUUGCCAUAUUCAGGGAUAAGAAUAAGAAGCCAACGGGUUAUGCUCUGGGUAGCAUAGAAGGACGUGUUGCCAUACAAUAUGUUCAGCCGGUUAACCCGAAGGAUAACUUUACCUUCAAGUGUCAUCGUUCUUCGGGCACUGCGGGUUAUCAAGAUAUUUAUGCCGUCAAUGACAUAUCAUUCCAUCCGGUACAUGGCACUUUGGUGACGGUGGGUUCCGAUGGUACAUUCAGUUUUUGGGACAAAGAUGCUCGUACCAAAUUGAAGUCUUCCGAAACAAUGGAUCAAUCGAUAACAAAAUGUGGUUUCAAUGCCUCGGGACAUAUCUUUGCCUAUGCUGUCGGCUAUGAUUGGUCAAAGGGCCAUGAAUAUUUUAAUCCUGCCAAAAAACCUCAAAUAUUUUUACGAUCAUGUUUUGAUGAAUUGAAACCGCGGUCAACGUAA